AUGGCCGCGUUUUGCUACCCGUACAGCUUGCCGAACAUCAAGAAGAACUUGAGCGAAGAAUGUAAACGAAGUGGAGAAAUGACCUUCUGGUUUCUCCGCAGUCUUUACUGCGACGCCAUGGAAACUGUAAGCGGUAAUCGGGCAAAUCUGCUUGACGCUAGUUUACCAUUCGAAGAGGCCUCAGCUGUAGAAAUCACCACGAUGCAGCAAAUGGAUGCCGGCAGAGAAGCACCGAUGAGCUCUUUGGUGACAAUGCUCCCACCUCCUCCAUCCAUCACGUCCACCGGCGGUUGGCAUAACAACAUCAAGGAGUAAGCUUCACUCACCAUUUCGUCGUUAUUCCGUGUAUCGUUCUUCGAAGUUAUUCGUUUUCAGUAUUUUUUUAUUCACAUUAAAAUGAAGGAAUAGUUUUCUCGAUCCGUGUUCAGAAAGUGAAUUCCUUCGUUUAAACUCACCGGUUAAUGUUGCGUUCCACUUCGUGAACGUACAGCAGAUAUGAUUCACCAAUAAAGAUCGCGCUCUAUUUCACUCCGAGUAAUGAAAAA